CUUGAUUUUUACUUAUACUUUUUUGACAAACGACGUAACUCGAAACGACGGUCAAACAGAAACUUAACUGGAAAAGAUGCUCUCAACAAUUGUCUUAUUUAUUUUAUUUCAGAUGAUAUUUAAUUUUUCUAAAGCAUGUGAUCCAAAUAAACCGUUGGACAUUACCGUUUCGAAAAAGGGUGACAUUUUCAGCCCGGGAUACGAAAAAAAUGAAAAGUAUCCUUUGAAUACGAGAUGCAUUUAUUUUCUUCAUACCGAACCCGGAAAAAGUAUUCGUUUAAAGUUUAUCGAUUUUGAUGUCGAAAGUACCGAAUCCUGUGGAGGAGAUUCUUUAAGAGUUUUCGAAGGUCACGAUAUGGAACAUGGAGCCCAUGGAAUUUUUUGUGGAGAUUCUACUCCUGAAGAUAUUUUAUCUAUAGAAAAUGAGUUAUUUAUUGUGUUUUAUAGUGAUUUUAUGAUAAAUAAACGUGGAUUUCACUUUACUUACGAACCAACUGAAGAUGAAUCCCUUUGCCCAAAUGAUCUGGAAUGUAAGAACAGAAGAUGUGUUAGCAAUUCAAAAGAAUGCGAUGGUGUAGAUGAUUGUGGAGACGCUACCGAUGAAGAAGAGUGUGAACAUUCGAUUGUUGAAGCCGAAAAAUGUGGAGAACCAACAAUAAAACCAUCAGAACACGAUUACGGCCGUAUAGUAGGUGGAUUUGAAGUUACUCCUGGAAGUUGGCCCUGGCAGGCAGACAUUCAGUUCGAUUUGAUACAUCCUAGUGGCCAUAUCUGUGGAGGAAGUCUUAUAAAUAGCCAAUGGAUAGUGACAGCUUCUCAUUGUUUCGAGCAACAACCAAAUCCACUUGCUUGGAGAAUUCAUCUUGGAAAUCAUCAUAAAUUUUCAAAAGAUAAUUCGGAACAGAUACGGUAUCCUGAACAUGUUAUCAUUUAUCCGGACAUACCAGAAGAAGAACUCAAAAAUUGGACAUUAAAUAUAUAUGAAGAUCUUACAUUAGUGAAAUUGAAUGCUCCAAUAAAGUUUACAGAUAAAGUUCAGCCUGUAUGUUUACCCGAUAAUGAUAUUGUUAUUCCAAUAGGAACUGAAUGUUAUGCUACAGGAUGGGGACUAACUAAAGGAACCGGAAGUAAUGAUGCUUUGAAGCAAACAAAAUUACUUAUACAUGGGCAUGAAGAUUGCGAGUCUCCAUUAGUUGAAUUUAAUCAUACUACGAUGAUUUGUGCUGGAAUGGCCAAAGGAUUUCAUGGUCCUUGCCAUGGCGAUAGCGGUGGUCCUUUGGUAUGUAAAAUAAAUGAAAAAUGGAUUCUUGUAGGAGUGGCUAGUUAUAUCACGGAUACAAAUUAUAUAGGUGCCUUAUGUGCUGUGACUAAUGUUCCUACAUCAUUUGUAAGAGUUAGUUUCUACAGAAAUUGGAUAGAAGAUAUUAUUAAAGAAUACAGUUAAAUUAUCAUUUCUUUCUUCAAGCAUAAAUAUCUGAAUAAAUUUAUAAAAUUCAUAACGAACUAAUUUCCUCUCUUUAACUUUUAAUAUAGAUUUAAUGCAAACUGGAGUAUAAUAAGUUAAUAAAUAAUUUUAUAUUAAAGUCAUAACACUCUUUAUUUCAUAUAAAACUAAUUAAAAUUGUUCAAGAUUCACCUCAAGAACUGCUCAAGCAGAAGUUAAUGUCAGAACCAUUCAUCUAUUCCUUUCUUCGGACAUUCUUUUCAGUUCUUCAUAUUCACUUGCCAUAAUUUAACUAAUACAAGAUUGCUUAAUCUAACUGUUUUCGAAUAUGCCUAGCAUUCGGACCUUAUUAAAUAUCUUACCUUCCAGAAUAUUUUAUUACAGAUUUUCAUUGUGCCAAAGCCACCAGGUUAGACAUUUCUUUCGUAUCUUCUCCAGAGUCUUUCUAUGCGAAUUAUCUUCAGAAAAUGGUUGUAGAUUCUCUCUUUCUCCAGCUAAAGCUUCACAUUGAAAUUAACUAAAUGUAUUAAUUUGUAUUUUUAUUUACUUAAAAAAUCCAUUGUAUAACUAUUUCGAAGUUUUGCUUAUGUGUAGAUUUACUAGAAAUUUGUAUAAUAAAUCACUCACAUGUAAAAGCUG